UGAGUUGUGUUGGAAGGAGGGUGGGCUGCUCAUUUAAGUAAAACUGCAGUGUGUCUGGUGGAACAGAAGGACAGUUAACACGGAGCUACAAACACAAUGUUACUAAGGGCCCUCCAUGUGGCGCUCCUCCUGCUGCUGCAACUCUCUGGGACACUGGAGGCAAAGCUGCAAUAUGCAGUUAUCUUCCCCGCAGAGAUGGUCUUUCCUCGUUCUGAACAAGCCUGUGUGCACCUGGAGGGGGCGGAAGGAGAAAGCCAGAUACAACUCACCCUUCAGAUGACCAAAAGUAACACAAGAAGUGUUGUGAUAGAGAAGUCAUCACAGCAGAAAUCCUACUUCAGAUGCAUUUUAUUUGAGGUGCCGCCUCCCUCUGAAGGGAAGGAAGAAGUGGCCACCAUGCAGGUUUCUAUCCAGAGUGGAGGGGAGACAAUAAGCAACAGCAGUAAAGUCCUGGUGAAGAGAGCAAGAACCAGUCUUUUCAUUCAAACAGACAAAGCUGUGUACAAACCAGGACAGACAGUAAGGUUCCGAGUGGUUUCCCUUAAAGAAAACCUCCAACCAGGAGAAGGUCAGGUGCCAACCAUCGAAUUACAGGUAUGCAUAAUGCUGUACUGUGAAUCAGUAGCCAUUGUAUGUUUGACUGGUGAAAGUUACUACGAAUUUCUACAAAUAAAUUAAGAAUAUUAGAAGGUUUUUAGGCUCCCCAAUGAAAAGUAAAAGAUAAGUCUGACAGUGUAACUUUUUGGAGCAUAUUUUUUUUUUUUAACAAUUCUUUUAUUGAAACUUAUUAUACAGUCAGUUAACACAUAAAAUUAAAACUUAAACGUCAUAAACAAUAA